AUGGAUCCGUCAAGCUCCUCAGCCACCACCCUGGCGAGGCCGCGCUUUGCCCUCGCCAUCAUCUCGGCCGUGGCCGCCCUCACUGUCGGCUUCUACUUUCUGCGCUCAGCAGCCACCGCAUCGCCCGCUGCCGCCACCGGCCCCGGCGGCCUGCACCGCAGCAACGCCGUCCGCCGCCGCUCCCGCCAGCGCACCUCGCGCCGCUCGCGUCGCGGGUCGACAGCCUCGAGAGCCUCGGUGUCGAGCGCCGAGCACGGCGACGAGAACCGCCCCGACGAAAACCACAACCAGAACGACCGCCGCGAUGCAAACGCCGAGUCCGGAAGCCUGCUGGGCGAGAACCGCGGCUUCCAGCCCCAGCCCGACGGCGAGACCCUGGCCGAGGACCUCGGCGGGGAGUGGUGGGAGGACUCGCAGCCGCUGAAUCAACCCCGCUCCGGCCAGAACAUCGUCAGCCUGCUGUUCCGCGUGUCAGAGGAUAACGCCCGCCGCAACGCCUACGUGCACCGCGGCUGUGCCUGCAACGCCUGCGGUAUAGUGCCCAUCCGCGGCGUCCGCUACCGCUGCGCCAACUGCGCCGACUUUGACCUGUGCGAGACGUGCGAGUCCCAGGGCAUGCACAUCAAGACACACAUCUUCUACAAGGUCAAGAUCCCCGCCCCACCCUUCGGCCCGCGUCAGAUGCAGCCUGUCGUCUACCCGGGCGACCCCGACACCUGCAUCCGGAACCUGCCUCCGCCCCUGAUGAUCAAGCUCUCGCGCGAGACUGGCUUCGAGCGCCCGGAGCUGGAGGCCUUCUGGGAGCAGUGGACCUUCAUCGCAAACACCGAGUGGCGCGAGGACCCCGACGACCUGGGCCUAGCCAUGGACCGCCGCACCUUUGAGCGCUGCCUCGUGCCCUCUGGCGGCUACCGCCACGCCGCGCCCAACCUGAUCCACGACCGCAUGUUUGCCUUUUACGACACCAACAACGACGACCUCAUUGGCUUCUCCGAGUUCCUCCACGGGCUGGCGUACCGGAAGCGCCCCGACAAGCUGAAGCGCAUCUUCGAGGGUUACGACGUCGAUAGGGACGGCUACGUCGACCGGAGGGACUUCCUGCGCUUGUUCCGCGCCUACUACGUGCUCUUCAAGCAAAUGCACAAGUACAUCCUCGAGGGCCUCGACGACCAGGUCAUGAGCAGCACUGAGGCGCACCAGCUCGUCACCAGCCGACAGCCGCUCAGCAGUCUCUUUGGCAGAGAGGGCAGGGUUCCGGAUGCCGAUCACGACCGGGUCCAGGAGGGAAAGGUUUUCCAUGGCAACGGAGACGUCCGCUUGGCCGGGGGCGGCGAGGGCGCAGUCAACGAGGACAAACCAGAUACGUCGGGCCGGGAAGAGAUCUUGACGAGCCUCUUCAACCGCGGCAGCCCGCAGCCCUUCUUCGCCGAGCCCAUGUUCUCGCCCGACACGGCGGGGCCGCAGUCCCCGCGAGGGGGCGACGCGGGGUCGAGGUACUUUGAUGGGCUGCUCAACCCGCCGAGGAGCGCUGCGGAGCUCUCGGCCGUGCUGGACGACCGUCCGCGUAACACGCUGGACAGCUUCCUGCACUACCUCGAGGAGCGCGAGCGUGAGGGGCCAGAGACCAACGGGGACCAGGACGCGGACCCCUGGGCGUCCCACUCCCCCGGCGGCGAUCCUUCAGAUACGUCCCGACACCUCGACGAGGACUUUGGAAACAUGCCCUACCAUGCGGACCCGAAACUCUAUGACGGAACUCACCGACUGCGGGUCACAAAGAAGACCAGGCUUGCGGCUCGGAAGAAGCUACAUGAGCGAUGGAAGCGGCGGCAGUUCUACCUCGACGAGGAGGAGGGUGCCAACGCCCCGGAGGGUUGGAAUGCCAAGGAUGACGUACUUGUGGACACGGCCGAGGCCGAGGCUGCCCACGCCUCCAAGGCCAGCAAGGGUCAGGGUGCAACAUGGCCGAGGUCGCGCUCGUCGUCCAAGGUCCGCUUCGCUGAGGAGACGGAUGACUACGAAAUCCGGUCGAAUCCGUCAACCUCGUCUCGCAGCGUACCCGAGCGGUGGGGUGGCAUGGAGAUCCCAGACGCCGAGAGGGACGCAGGAAAAGAGAUCCUGUACCAAGUCACACAGCAGGCCUUCAACGAGCUGCUCGACGUCUUGUUUAAGAAGAAGGAGGAUCUGGCAGUCAGGGCCGCCUCGACCCGCGAGGACCGCAGAAGGUACCGAAAAUACUUUGAGUCGAUCAACCUGGAUGAGGAGGAUGGGAGGAAGCAGCAGACUCAGGACCAGCCGACCGGCUCCAGCGCGCCCCAGCAAGAGAAUCGUGAGGAGAGUGCCCUUGCUCCCAGCCAGGAUGCACAGACUAUCCCGUCUUCGGAUGCUGCAGGGCGCGUUGCGGUGAACGCUCCGCGCCAAGAGGAGACUGUCUUGGCGGACGGCGAUGUGGCACAUUCAGAAGCAGCGAGCAUCUACGAGGAACCUGCAAACAUUGAGCAGGACGGCGACACGCCGCCCCAGGCGCAGCAAAUCGAAGGCAGUCAGGCCGAGACGGCGCCACGGGACCCGACCAUGCCGCAGUUCCGGCCCAACAGCGCCGCGGAUCUGGCGCGGUCGGCAGGUACUCCCGGAACCAUUCCUCUUGGAGCCUCCAGCGCGGACGCCGAGUCGGAAUGCUCGGCCGAGUCGACGUCAGCAGAGGACGCCGAGUCGACAGGGCGGCGGGACGACGAGUCCGACGCCGGCUCGCACAAUGGCGAGGAGGACGACGAUGAAGACGACGACGCGGCAAACGUGGGCAUGUUCCCGCGCUACAUGCUCGUCGAGUGGAAGCGGCUAGACCUUGCAGAGCAGGAGCAGAGGCAGCGCGGCGGGUGGGGGAAGCUGUCGUACGCCGAGUUCGAGGAGAUAUACCGUCGGGAGGAGAGGCACUCGAACCGACUGGACUACCUAGGCAGCUGGAUCGACGUUUGCAUUCCCUAUAGCUAA